UUUUCUACUCCGCAAAAUCAACACAAAAUAAAAUCACUUUUCCACAUUUUGCAUUCGUUGUGUGUUGUGUUGAUGAUGAUACAUCUGUAACAAUGAUUAUUUAGCUAGUGAUUCGAGUGAAACUUUAUUAUAAAUGGAGACUAGGAAGUGAUUAGGAGCUUACUGUGAUCAGAAUGUAGCACUUAGUCAAGUUCCCAAUCCAUAAUAUUCAGAUAAAAUAUUGAUCUUUUGUUGAACUUGGACUGUAAAUAAAUAUAAACUGUGAAAAUGUCCGUGGUUAAGGGAAAACUGGUGAAAAUGGAAGUUAUUCAAGUGGGUGAAUAUGAAUUCACCAAACAAGAUAUUAUUGGACAUGGGGCGUUUGCCAUGGUGUACAAAGGAAGGAAGAGAAAGAAUCCGUCGCAAUCAGUGGCUGUGAAGGUGGUUACUAAGAAAGGCAUCCAAAAAGCCUCAGAAAUUCUCGUUAAGGAGAUCAAAAUUCUACGAGAAUUGACAGCGCUCCACCACACGAACCUCGUGGCUAUGCACGACUGUAUGGACAGCCCGGCUUAUGUCUACGUCGUCAUGGAGUACUGCAACGGCGGCGACUUGGCUGACUACCUUCAGACCAACAGGCUGCUCAGCGAGGGGACCAUCAGGCUCUUCCUUCGACAGCUGGCUGAGGCCAUGCGCGCCAUACAUGCUAAGGGGAUCGUGCACCGCGACCUCAAGCCACAGAACAUCUUACUCACACACAAUGUGGCCCCGCCGCGCACCCCUCAUCCUGCCGAAAUGACACUCAAAAUUGCCGACUUCGGGUUUGCAAGGUUCCUCGAAGAAGGGAACAUGGCGGUUACUCUCUGCGGCUCACCGAUGUAUAUGGCUCCUGAAGUAAUAAUGUCGCUGAAGUAUGACGCCAAGGCGGACCUGUGGAGCUUAGGCACAAUCGUGUAUCAGUGUCUUACGGGAAAGGCCCCGUUUCAGGCUACCACACCACACGAACUAAAAGCGUUCUACGAAAACAGCGUAGACCUUCAACCCAAGAUGCCGUCUGGCACGAGCGCCGAGCUGUGCAGCCUGCUGAUCGGGCUGCUGCGGCGCAGCCCGCGCGAGCGCAUGCCGUUCGAGACCUUCUUCAACCACCCGUUCCUGCAGCGCCCGCGCUACACUUCAACUGGCAACAGCGGCGGUAACGCGGCCGCGACGCAAGCGGCGGGCGCGCCCAACGCCGCGCGCGCCGCCGCCCCCGCCGCGCGCGCCGCCGCCCCUCAGCAGCACCACACAGCAGCGCAUACGCAGCGCAAGGCACAGCCCACCUCUUCUGCCGAGUCGUCGGGCACGACAUGGGCUGACGAAGAGCUGGGCGGUUUCGUGAUGGUGGACGCGAUGGGCAGCGGCUCGGCCGAGUGCUCGGGCGCGUCGUCGGGCUCCGAGGCGGCGCCGCGCCCGCGCUCGCUGGCGCUGGCCGCCGCGCCCGCGCCGCCGCCCGCCGCGCCGCAGCCCGCGCCGCCCGCCAUGGACAACACGGCCUUGCAGUUUCGGAAUCCCAUCAACAUGGUAUCCAAUAACACUGUGCCGCGAUCUCAGCCCAUCGACGUCCGAACGAACAGUCGCAACGCGACCAACAUUGGAUCACUCUCACCACCUGUGCCGUUCACAAUGGGCACGCCGCGCUCCUCCCGCCGCCGCAGCAGCAACUCGGGUAGCUCACCGCCACCUUCCUUGUGGCAGGUGUCGCCCACCAACGCCAGCCCGCUGCGACGAUCAGGCUCCUCGCCGCCAGUGUCGCUGACGCUGAAGGCCAGCAGCGAGGGCGCGGGCGGCGGCGGCUCGCCCAAGCGCGGCGUGGCGCUGCCCGACGCGCUGCUGCGCGGCCUCAAGCUGCACCAGCCCGAGCCGCCCGUCUACAUCCCCAACCUGCAGGAGGAGACCAUCCUGGCGGAGGAGCACAGCAAGGUGUUCUCGCAGCUGAACUUCGUGCUGAUGCUGGCCGAGCUGCUGGCCGACCUGGCCGUGUCGUGCGGCGCGCCCAUCGCCGCGCUCAUGGACGCCUCCGACGAGCGCUGCAACGAGAGCGUUCGCCUGGGGCUGCUGGUGCAGGCCAUGCAGGCGCUGGCGGCCGGCCUGCGCCUCGCCGCCGCGCACUACCGCAGCCGCACGCUGCAGCCCACGCCGCAAGUGCGCAACGUUGUGUCAGUGAUGAACGGCAAAUACAAAUGCAUCGUCAACGAAUCGAGAAGGCUCCAUGAAGCGGGCGUCACCCCUGCCGUCUGUGAUAAAAUUCUUUACGAGCACGCCAUUGAACUGUGUCAGAUGGCGGCCAUCGAGGAGCUGUUCGGCGACGUGAAGGAGUGCGAGCGGCGCUACGUGUCGGCGCAGGUGCUGCUGCACUCGCUGGUGCAGCGCCACCCGCUGCACCCGCACCACCGCACCACGCUCUCCAAGUAUCGAGACGCAGUACAAAGGCGGCUCAAUUGCCUCAAGGGGCCGCGCAAAAUCAUGGAUGUGAAGCUCGAGGCCGGGAUCUCAUAAUGCAAUACACAGCCAGCCACAUAGACUUAAGCACACUCACGCAAUAUGAGAAGUGAUUUUAUUUUGUUCUCAAAAACUGAAUCAGUGAGGGACAAUAUAAUAUUAUAAAAAAUGUAUAAAAGGAGUAAGUGAAUUAUAUCAAUUAAUAAAUCAUUGUAUACAAAUUGUUUAGAAAUGAAUGAAGAUUACCAGAGAUUGCAAUAGUGAAUUAUAUUUUUUUAUGUGCAGUACAGUGCAAACAGUUCAUGUAAGUUGUAGAAUAUUAGUCAACUAGAUAAACAUUUUAACGCUGCGGAAGAUUCAGUAAUCGCUUCGAAAUUAUUACAAUAUAGACUAGAUGUGUGUCUUGCAUCCCUAUUGAAUAAAUGGUUGUAUGUAUUUAUAAGGUUUGAAAUGUAGUACAAGUAUCUAUUUGGAAGUUAGGCCUUGUACAACAAAUUUUCAGUAUCUUGUAAAAUAUAUCUUUUCAGUCAUCAUGUUAGAAAUAAAACAUACCAACAAAAAAAUAAAAAAAAUGUAGAAUGGUAGUAUUGUUUCCAAAUAAGUCUCAUAGGUAAAUUAACCAUUUUAUUAUUACUAUCUGUAGUGGAUUAUGUGAAAUGAAAAUUAUGAAGUUAUGCUAUAGAGAUCUCAUUAACGACCAAUAACAUAACAAAGAGCAUUUUUUAGACAUAAGCAGAAUUAUUUCGAAAAAACUGACCGUGUGUAUUAUUAAUAUUACUUGUCCUCCUCAAGUCAUUAUUUUCUCAUUUUGACAAAUUGUGAUUAUUAUUAUGUAUUUCCACCCCCUUAAAUAAUGUCCAAUGCUUUAUUGAAAUAAGAAUAAAGACUGUUGUAUUAUAAA